AUGUCACGUCACGUUGAACUCACCGCAAAUGAAAAACAUUUCCUCCACACUGCUCUUAAAUCGCAGUUACGACUCAAUGGUCGUUCGCUAAUGCAACUUCGUGACAUCUCCAUAUACUUAUCUCCAACAGAGUACGGUUAUGUUGAAGUGUCGUUUGGCUCUACAAAACUAUCGGUGCGAAUCUCUGCUUCAAUCACAAAGCCUUAUGAAGAUAGACCAUUUGAAGGUAUCUUUGUUAUCAAUAGUGAAAUUUCUCCCAUGGCAUCACUAAAGUUUGAUACCACACGUUCGCAGCAACAAGACGAGGUUUUAAUUUCACGAAUAAUUGAAAAGUCCAUCCGUCGUUCUAAUGCAUUGGACUUGGAGAAUUUGUGUAUCAUUGCAGGAGAACAGUGUUGGGAGAUUACGGCAGAUUUGAACUUUUGGAACUACGAUGGUGGAAUGAUUGAUAUUGGAUGUUUUGCUACAAUGUUGGCAUUGAGCCAUUUUAAAAAACCCGAUGUUUCAAUUACCCACGGUGGUUUUGGUGGUAGUGGCAAUGGUGGUGUCAAUGGGGUUAUAAUACAUGAUGUAAAUGAGCGACAGCCUGUGGGGUUGAGCAUAUUGCAUAUUCCAAUUUGUCUCACAUAUUCAUUUUUCAACCUUGGUUCAAAAGAGAUGAAUAUCAAAGGCGACGAUGAUAUUGAUAAUGACAAUGAUGGUGAUUUAUACGGGGAAGGACAAGUACAAGGAGAAAAAGAGCAAGGUGAAGUACGGGAGGUUUGUAUUCUUGAUGCUGAUGCGAUGGAGGAGCAAUUGCGAGAUGGUUCCAUAACAAUAACAAUGAAUAAGAAUAGAGAAAUCAUUCAGUUGAGCAAGAAUGGCGGUGUUCCUAUUGACGCCCAGAAAUUAGUUGAAAUAUGUCAUGACUCAAUGCAACACAUUGAUAAACUCACGGAUUUGAUUACAAAAAAGAUUAAGGAGUCUGAGGAGAAAAGAUAUAACAAGGAGAAUUUCAAAUUGUUGGAGUCAAGUGCCAAUCGGUAG